AUAGAUAGUAUAGAGAUUUAUACUUUGUCUGGUUGCUGGCUUGCUCUACCUGCUGUUACAAACGUCGCCACAAACUUUAUAUACUUUUUUGAAUUUAAUAACUGUACAAUUAUACUAUAUUAAAACAUUUAAAACCAUGUGAAUAAGGAAUACAUAUAUAGUUUUAAAAUUUAUUACCACAUAAAAGUUUAUGAUUUGAACAUUCAUUGUAAAUUCUUUUUAUGACAAUCAACACGAUUACAAGUUUAAUGUUAGCCUAAGAGUUAAAACAUUUAUGUAAUUUAAAUUUAUUUCAAGUUCAGACCCUCUUCACUUGCCUAAAAUCUUGAAGUCUUGUAAUAUAAAAAUAACAUACAGUAAUCAGAUUUUGUAUGCAAAUAAAAGUUGGAGAAAGUACAUGACGUCACGAAGUUGUCUUUUAUACAUGGUACAUAUAACUUAACUUAAAGCUAUGACUUAAAAUUAAUAAAUAAAAUUUGUAUUUUGGCUUUUAGUGUACAAGAAAAUGUUGAAGCAAAUACAUGUUUUAUGGAUUGUGUCACUUAUUUUUGGUUCGAAUGAAAAUAAAGCAGACGCAGUGCAAACAAAGAUCGUAGGAGGUACCCAGUUUGCACCACAUAAAUAUCCGUUUCUAGUUGGGAUUGCAAUUAAAGAACCAACGAACCGAGCUGGAUGGUGUGGUGGUGCACUGAUUACAACGGAUUUUGUACUAAGCACUGCACAUUGUUUGAAAGGCAUCACCUUCGCGACUGUUUAUAUUGGAGCUCAUAAUGUACGUAAUACCACUACGGAAGUGAAUUAUAUCUACAAUAUUACACAGCAAAAUAUUGUCUUGCAUCGCAACUGGACAUCUAGGUAUGUGGUGCAUGACAUUGCAUUGAUCAAUUUGCCAAUUAGACUAACAAUAGGACGUAAGUCAUUAGUUUGUGUAGUUUUUCAUUAUUAAUUAUUUUUUAUUGCAUACAGC